AUGUAUUCAAUUCAGGCAGUCGCUCUUUUCUUCACUCUUGUUUCAGUGUGUAGCUCUCAACAGUCGGGACCUGUGAGGUCUCCGUUCCCUUCAAUUUCUGGUUUCCGUAACACAACCAGUGUCCCUAUAUCGACGUUCAUCUCUAUCACCCCAACACCAGUGUCCUCAUCAGUCGCCGCAACAUCUUCAGCCCCGGCAACCGUGACCGUAAGCAAUGGCGAGACUGUCGCCGUUGCAGCCGGCGUAGUCGUUGUCGGUGCUGGCAUAGGCGGCUUUUUCACUGUCAACGGUGUUACGACGCCUAUCGCAGGAGGCGCAUCUGUUGUCGCCGGAUCGUCGGCUGCGAACCCGGGUGACCCGAGCAAUCCGGAUGAUCCAGACAAACCAAAGUCUAACGACGGCGACAUUGCGACGAACUCGGGGCCAGCAUCUGUGCCAGCCUCGUCCGCACCGCCGGUUAGCGCGACCAGUUCAGAUAUCCCCUUUUCGAGCACAUCGUCGUCCGCAGUCCCAACAGGCACAGGUGUGGACUACAUGAUCUUUGCCAAGGAAAACACCGUCAAAGCGGACGCCGACGGCUUCGGCAACACCCUGGCAGGUCUGGUUGGUGCAGAUAACAUAGACAACAUUGUGAAUGAUGCCGGCGUUCCCUAUGCCUGGCGUGCAAACCUCACCCCCGAUCAACUUGAGAAGGUCAAGAACGACCGCGUAAUCGCCGGGACGGACAUCAAUGACCCUCUGACACGCGAUGACGACCCGCCGGCUGGAGCCCAACCGUCGGCCACUCAGCAGAAGCGAGCCGAAGUCACGCAGACACCGAUCGCCAAGAACGACAUCUUUGACCUCCGUGUGCUUUCGACGCCGCCAAGGGAGAAGGAAGCACUUCCCAACUAUCGAUAUGACGACUUCGCCGGCCAGGGUAUUACCAUCUAUGUGGUUGAUACCGGCCCGUUCGACUUGCAGCAUGAAGAGUUCAGGGCGCCCAGCCCCGACAUCACCCGCCGGGAGUUGAACGUUGCCAGGAACAAGAAGUUCACGCUGGAAGAUACUCAGCACGGGACGUGUGUCGCUUCCAAGACUGUCGGCGGAACGACCGGGGCUGCAAAGCGCGCGAAUCUAGUCGGAGUGCGUAUUGACUUCACCGAGUUCGGUCUACUUCGCGGUCUCCAGUCCGCCGCCAAUGAGAUCAAGCAAAAGGGCCUGAAAGGUAAGGCCGUCGUCACAACGUCCAUUCUCAUGAGGGCGCCCGACGCCAUCUAUACGACCUCAUUCCGCAGCGUCAUGAGGUCCUUCGUCGCCUUGGACGUUCCUAUUGUCGCGGCAGCCGGAAACAAGUUCUUGGACGGCCUGACCGAGCCCGACAAGUUGCCGGCAUCGAUGGCGAAGGAUUUCCCCGUCAUCGUGGUAGGCAACGCAGGGAGGGAUUUCAAAAUAGCCCCGAAAAGCCAGCGCGGUAAUCUCGUGACGACGUAUGCCAUCGGUGCGGACAUCAAGUGCGCGGAUCCUCUCGACCUGAAUGGUCUCGCGACAGAUUCAGGUACUUCGUUCGCCGCACCCCAGGUUGCUGGUAUGGUGGCAUACUGGAUGUCACACCCAGAGUUUGCUGGCGACUUGGCGGCAGGCAAGGUGGCCGAGACGCUCCGCAACAUGACGGGUGCCCUUUCGUACCCCCGCGUUGCCGAGACGGGAUACCCUCCCAUCGCCUGGAACGGGCACGACCUGGCCGAAUCGUGUUCCAUCCCGAACAGUGGAACCGGGAGAAGAGCUAAGCGCGCUAUGAGGCGUGACCUCGGCCAGGCGUGUUCGUAUGCGCCCACCUCUGUCGCUUCAGCCGCCCCGACAGCCUCAGCCCCGGCCGGCAACGCCCCGCCGUCGGGGAGCGACGUGCCUACGGCGACGACAACCUCAGUCACGGAGACGGCAACUGCUGGACCGACAACGUGUAACUUGUGCGGUGCCAUGCUCGACAGUGGCAAUGCAGGCAAUCUGGGAGGACAGGUUGGCUGCGACGGCGCUGAGUACGCCCGGAGCUCGUGCGAAGCUAAUGCCGACUGCAAAUCCUGGGCUUACGGCAAUGAGGACCGGGGGACAUACACCAUUCCUGUCUGUCUUCUAUUCACAGAAUCGGCAACGCAAAUCGUCAGCCAGGCUCCGCCAGACCCCGAGGGUAAAUGCCCUUUCAGAUACCACGAUAAGGCAUGCCCUAGAAAGAGAAGCACCAUUGAAAAAAAAGACCCCACACCAGACCCUAAGGACAAGAAUCCAGAGUUUGAACCGGCUCUGAAUCCGUCUACAUUGGGGACUGGUACCAACCCAUUGGGGCAGACUACACGCAGCUCCCAACGACCAAGAACAAAAUACUCAAUCUCUGAAGCCUCUACGCCGCCACAGACCAACGGUAUCCUAUCCAACUUCUUCUACGAGAAUACUGCUGGCAAGGGAAUCACGAUGUACAGUAGCGACUACAUGAUCUCCCUCCAAGAGUGGUAUAUUGCCGCUGCUCGUCCCUCGAAUACCGAUGGUGUUGCAGGCCGAACAGUCCGAGUCAUCGCAUAUACCGCACAGUCCGCCAAUAAUUUUCCCAGUAGGCGUUGUCGGCUCAACCAGCAGAGGGCUCGAGAAGUUCUGGUGCAGUCAACGGGGCAACCUCCUCAUCACCUGGGUUGCAGGCGAGAGUGUGAGGUGCUCAAGUUCUACCUAACUCGCCGGGCUGAAGUUCGAGACCGGCGGUACGGUUACCGCUACGGCGACUUCCCCUGCCGACGACAGCUUCCGUAUGCUCGCACGGCGCCUUUCAAUGUCGCUGUCUAG